AUGCCGUUCCUGUCCCUCCCCGAGGACCCCGCCAUGCUGCGCUUUGCAGACGGCGAGGUGACCUUCCACUACCUCCUCUCGACGCCCAGCUGCCAGACGUUCGUCCACGCCGCCGCCAACGCUGCCCACUUUGAGUCGGCCCCCACUGGCAGCACCGCGUCGCGCCACCGCAAGCGCCUCUCGGUCGGCAGCCGCAGCAGCAAGGCCCGCAGCCGCGCCGCCUCGCUCGUCCAGUCCGAUGGCGGCGCGGCGUCGUGCCACAAGGAGCUCGAGCUCGAUCCAAACUACCCCAUCGUCUUCUUCCUGCCUUCAGAGAGCUUCAGCUGCGCGCAUCUCUUCGCUGACCAGCUGGCCGACCCGGAACUGGCGCGCCGCUUCAACCUGGUCGCCAUCGACCCGCGCGGUCACGGACUGACCAAAGAUAUCCCGAUCCGCCCCGACGCGCAGCGUGGCUACGACCUCGACGUCAAGGCCGCCGACAUUGCCACCUUUAUCCAGCGCCUCUGCAACCGCGCCGUGCCCGGCCGCGACCUCGACGCGCCGCCCGCCUGGAGCAAGGAGGUGCACCUGCUCGGCUGCAGCAUGAGCGGCCUGGUGGCGCUGCGCAUCGCCUCCAAGUGCCCGGACCUGGUCACCAGCGUCAUGUUCACCUCGCCCAUCCUCGAGCUCGAGAGCGAGUUCAUGAUCGAGUCGUUCCAGGGCAUCAAGGAGCUCAUCGAGGAGACGUGGUACGAGGUCCACCACGGCGAGCUGGCGGGCACGCCCGCCGAGGCCGUCAAGAUGCCGGGCGAGGUGGUGCAGGGCUGCACCUACCGCUGGGCGGGCGACGAGUCUAUCCCGCACCACAUCAGCUCGUACCUCAACAAGACGUGGGUCGAGAGGCUGAUCCUGCACAAGGACGGCAACAAGGCCGCGCGCGACUGGUGGUUCGACCUCUACUGGCUGCGCUCGCGCAUGCCCGACGAGGCGCGCAACGCCAUCAGGUGCCACCUCUUUGUCGUCGAGGGCGACAGCAGCCCGCUCUACGACCGCACCGUCGGAGGCGACUACAAGGCCCUCUUCCCCAACUGCAAGUCGUUUGAGCACGCCACGAUCGAGGACGCGCCCUUCCUGCUGAGCGUCACCCGCCCCGACGCCCUGACCGGCGCGGCUCUCCGCUUCCUCAACCGUUUCGGCGACGCUGCCGCCACCGCCCCCGUCACCGCCACCGCCACCGCCACCGCGCCGUCGUCGGCCAGCCUCACGGUCGCGGAACACGAGCAGGGCCCCACGGUCGACGAGGCCGUCGACGCCCUCACGGGCGAUGAGCGCUUCCAGCUGAUCAAGGUCUACGCGCCCAACUGCCUGCCCUCGUCGGACGACGACUUUGAGAGCGACGACGACGACGACGAGGAGGACGAGGGCGACGAUGACGAGUACGAGGAGCAGAUCGAGGACGACUACCUGUCGGCCUCGGGCGACGCCGGCCUGAGCUCCACCAGCACGACGACGACGACAAAGGCAGCCAUGUACCGCCGCGACUCGUCGGCGUCGUACCAGACCGACGUGCCCACGGUCGUGGUCGACAAGGACGUCGACGGCGGCGCCUACUCGUCCAUCACCAUGGUCACCACGGUCGAGACUUUUAUGUCGGCCGAGGCGGCCGACCGCCAGAGGCAGCAGGAACGCGCCAAGCACCUCCCCGACCUCGUCCAGAGCCUCGAGAUUGGCGUCUAG